AUGUUUGAUUGGCUUUGGAGACUUUUAAAUUAUAUAUUAUCACCAUUCAAGACACCAACAAUUUUGAUUGUUGGUCCUCCAGGUUCUGGCAAAACAACAUUGCUUCAUAUGGUAAAAACAGGAAGAUUUAUCACAUUUGAGAGCACUAAAUCAUAUUGCAAAGAAACAUUAUCAUUCGAACAGAGUAAUGUUACGUUCAUUGAUUUAGGAGAUUCAUAUAAAGGUUUCGAAUCUCUUGAAGAAUUUUCACAGAACGUCAGUGGUAUUGUUUUAGUUGUUGAUGCUUCUGACAGUGAUUCUGUCAAUAAUGCAAAGAAAUAUUUGGAUUCUAUUUACAAUCUUCAAGUUUAUAAAACAAAGAACAUCCCUGUUUUAAUUUUCGGAAACAAACAAGAUGUUGUCGGAUGUAUAUCGCGUGAAGAGCUCAAAGAACGUCUAAACAUUGUCGAGAAAAAGUCAAAACACGAAAAAGUUAAUCCAGAAACUACAAGAGUUCAAGUUCAGAUGAUGUCUGCAAAACAAAACUUUGGUUACCAACUUGGCCUUAGAUGGCUUGUCUCAAAGGCUAGAACUGUUUAA